AUGCAAUCCUUACCCGAUAUAAAAAGGGAAUUUAUGAUAAGACAUUGCACUAUAGAAUAUAUUCAUUUAAACAGUUUUGUUUUAUUUUUAUACAUUUAUCUUGGAACAUACUUCUUUAAUAAAAAGAUGUUGUUAAACAAAAUAUUGUUUAGCAUAAGUGUUCUCGUUUCAGCUUCUCUAUUCGCGGAAUGUUAUACCCUUACCUUUACUCAGCCUAUUUCUGAGGGAACAGUCAAUGGAAAAAAAAUAAAAUUCUGCGAAUACAAACUGACGAAAAUGCUGCCUAAAUCAAAGAUACUAGAUGCCGAGGCUCGUCUGUCAUGUUCAUGUAGUAAAAAGCGUUUGACAUGCAAGGAAAUACCUAGAAAACCAGGUUCUUUAAUAAUGACAGGAACGCCGGUGAUUCAGAAUCCCUUUGAUAAAGAAUGGAAAGGUAUGGUAGAUGAUUUGAUUCAGAGUAAAUAUGUGGGAAAAUACCAAGUUCUGCAAGUGAAGACUCAGGUUGUAGCUGGAUAUAACACAUUUUUGAAGCUACUUGUGAUUGAUAGGCUUUGUGAUCUGACGAUUUACAAAAAUUUAGCAGGAUUGUCCGAGAUAACUGAUGACACGUGCUCUAUUGGGGAAGAUUAA